GGUCAGUCGGUGCGUGCUGGCGGCUCGGCUCGGUCGUUCGUAGUUUCGCUUCGGCUUUCGUCCGCGAUCCGCGCCGCUUCGUACUCCGUUUCGCUGGUGUUACGGUUUUACGGUGUCCCAUCGGCGACCACCGUGGGACACGUCGUCGGGAGGGACCGCCGAUCGAGGGAAGGCGGACAGGACCCGGUCCGGCCGCAGGACACUGGGGUCCUAGGACCCGGGGCACCUCGAGGUCCCGAGAGGAACACCCGAAACCCACGGCGCCUAAACGAGUUCGAGGAAUGAACUCUGGUCGGAUCGCGACCGUAGGGACCAUCGGCCUCCGCCGUUCCUAAAAUUUACCGACGACCGCAAUGGCAGUUUUCUGAGGGGACGGAGCCGGUCAACGCACCCCAUGUCCGGGCCAAGGACGAUCGCAGGUUGAACGGUCGAAAUCAUCGUCGGGAGAACGACAUCCGGAUAGAUAUCUCGGCGCGCGACCAAUCGAAAAACGAAGAUCCUUUUAAUGGGCAUUCCGCGGAUCCCGGCUGGAUAUCGUCGGUCGGUUCACCGCGAGACAAGCACCGGGAUUCGCGAGGAGCUGCGGCAGCCUUGUUAUCGCGGCUCGAAGAGGACCCUAUGAGGGUCGCUGCGAGGGUGGAGCAGACCGGCGAACGUCCUGGUGCGCGAUAAUAGGGAGACCCACCCUCCGUCCGGUCUCGUUGCGCGGGCAUGAUCGACUCUGGCUGCCCCGAUGGCUAGCCACUAACUGAUCGACCAGUCUUCGAAACGUCGUUCCUCCGACGUGGAUCCUCUUGGAUCAGCCCGAGGACAUUGUAAUCGCGAGUGAGCGGAUGCAUCCGGCGGUCAGGGGAGACGCAGACAUGUCGCGAAUAUCGAAUUGCGCCUCCACGGUCGCCGCGGCGGUCAGCAUCGUGCUUCUGGUGAUAUUCCUGGUGAUUUUAUGGGCCGGUGUGCGCGCGCCAAAUAACGUCCAAACGGUUCAUGGGGCCAAACAGACUGACGGAAGUCCGGACUCCGAGGUGCAGCCUUUCGGCGGUGCUUCCGAGAAGGGGUUCGUCGACGAGACUACGACUGCUGUUAACGAUGCUACGUCCAAUACCACUGCCACCAUCGUCACUGCCAACAACAGGAUUAUUUUCGACGAGAUUAGCUUCUCGAAUGAAGUGAUCCCGGAAAAGGGAGGUGCUUCGAAGCAGCAAAAUAAAUCGAGUAUCGAGACGAUGUCUUCGCCGAAGGCUGACCUGGAGUAUGUGAGACUCAUGAAGAUCAGUGAGAAUCAGUACGAGGAUCCACCUGAUCCAUAUUCUACUGCCAGGAGACACCACAGUGGUCACUUCCGGCUUGCUACAGCGGAAGUCUGGGAUCCUCAUCCCCAAUACGAGUUCACUGCAUUUGGGAGACGUUUCCGUUUGCGUUUGGCACACGACUCCAGUUUCAUCUCGCCGAAUAUUAAAAUAACUCACAUGAGCGCGAAUACGAGCAGGAGAGAACAUCCGGGCCAUGAACUUGGAUGCUUUUACAGUGGUGUCGUGGACGGUGAUCCUUCCUCCUGCGUUACCGUCAGCCUUUGUCACGGAAUGACGGGCCACGUGAGAACGUCGACGGGAAGCUACAUGAUUAACCCGGCGGAGCCGUGGCGGGGGAACGACAAAGAUUCCCGAGAGUUUUCGCUGCAACACGCGAUCCAAAGGGAUGCCAACCACUUGUACGGCGCCGAUGACAGCUCUAACAGCAACAAUUGCGGUGUAAUCGAUGACGACAUACCGAAUUUCGAUACAGACGAUGUAUCCGAGAAUAAAGUUUACAUCGAUACCCUAUCGCGGAGGCGUAGGUCGCUGACGGAAAAAAAGUUCGUCGAUGACGUCCAAAACAAAGAGAGAUAUGAGUCGCCUGUAGAACGACGACGUUCGGAGAGUAUGCAUUUUUUACGAAACAGCGACAGGUAUAAGAGACACUAUUUCGUAGAGCAUAGAAGGGACGAGAUUAGCGUGGAGUACGGUCACAUCUCGCAGAUGGAAUUGACUCCCUUCAUGACACACCGGGCCCUACCACUUCAGUAUUUCAUCGAGAUCAUGGUGGUGGCCGAUGCCAAGAUGAUAGAUUACCACCAUCGCGAAUACUUGACCGGAUACAUUUUGCUUCUGAUGAGCACGGUCUCCCGGAUCUACAAGGAUCAAUCGAUCGGCAACGCCAUAAGCAUUUCCGUGAUGAAGAUCGUGCAAACCGACCAUGAAUUCGCGCCGAGGGAUCCUGCAAUGAAUGGAUCCUCGGCUGCCGACAUGCUGAAAAACUUUUGCGAGUGGCAGAAGUACAAUAAUCCCGACGAACCGUCACCGGUACACCACGAUGCGGCUCUCCUUUUGACGAGGGAAAAUCUGUGCCACGAUCCGAUGGAGGUGCGUUGCGACAUUUUGGGUCUGGCCGAGGUUGGACGAAUGUGCUCCCGCAAAUCUUCCUGCGCCAUUGUUCAGGAUACCGGGCUGGCCGCGUCGUUCACUAUCGCCCAUGAAAUCGGUCACGUAUUAAGUAUGCCGCACGACGACGACAAAAAGUGCGAGAAGUUCAGAAACAGUUCCGGCCUGCACAACAUCAUGUCCAGGGUGCUGGACAACAACACUUUCCCAUGGAAAUGGUCGAAAUGUUCUCGGCACUUCGUCACCGACUUCCUCGAGUCGUACGAGGGUACCUGCUUGCUCGACAAGCCCGAUCAAGUGGAAAAUAUAGACAUGAGUAGACUGCCCGGUGAGAAUUACACGGCGGACCAGCAAUGCGAGCUGGCCUUCGGCGAAGGGUCCCAUGUCUGUACCAAAAUGGCAGUGUGCAGGAGAUUAUGGUGCACCGCACCGAAGUGGGGUCAUUAUAACCAGUGUCAUACCGAGUACAUGCCCUGGGCCGAUGGGACCGACUGCGGUGGCGGCAAAUGGUGCAUCCGCGGCGAGUGCGUCGUCCGCAGCAUCCUCGAACCGGUCAACGGCCAAUGGGGUGAAUGGGGGAGCUACGGCGAGUGCUCGAGGACCUGCGGUGGUGGCGUCCAGAAGAAGUACCGCGAAUGCAACAAUCCUCCUCCGCAGAACUAUGGCAAUUACUGCGUCGGGGCUCGCGUCAAAUAUCGCAGCUGCAAUCUCGAGGACUGUCCGUCGGGAAGUCCUGGUGUAAGGGAGAUGCAGUGCGCGUAUUUCAACAACAACAACAUGAACAUACCCGACCUUCCGGAGAACGUGACAUGGUCUGCUAAGUACAACAGAAUACUGCCGCACGAACGUUGUAAAUUGUACUGCGAAGUGGAAAGCAAUCAGUACUACUCGCUGCAGGAGAAGGUGCUCGACGGAACGCCAUGCGGUAUGGACACUUUUCACAUAUGCGUGAACGGCUAUUGUAGGCCAGCGGGAUGCGAUCGUGUUUUAAACUCGGACGCGAAAUUGGACACUUGCGGCGUGUGCAAGGGCGACAAUUCCACCUGCCAGAGGAUCACCGGCUCUUAUAACUCCACGCGGCAAGGCUACGUCAGGGUGACCACGAUACCAGCGGGGAGCCGUUACAUCGACAUUAGGCAGCACAGCUUUUUAAAAACGCAGUACGACCAAAAUUAUCUCGCUUUGCGACUCGGAGAAGGCGGAGAACAUAUUCUCAAUGGGAAAUACAUGAUGACCGCGCGAGUGAUCGGCGACGAGCGUUACGGUGUCGCCGUAGAUUACAACGGGUACGACUCUGUCGUGGAACGUUUGAACAGCUCGAAGCCGAUCGGCACUGACUUGAUACUAGAGGUAUUAUGCGUGUCAGGUCAGCCACCUCAAAUAACGUACGAAUACACGAUAUCCAAGAAAAUUCUGCACAGCUACAUUUGGAUUCUCAGCAACUGGUCCCAGUGCAGCCGUUUAUGCGAGGGAAUGCAGUACCGUAAGGCGGAAUGCAAGAGCACCGAGCACAAAGACGUUGUCCCUAAUGGCUAUUGUCGCGAAGAGGAGAGACCCCGCGAAGACAGCCAGACAUGCAACAAUCACUGUCAUCUGAAGUGGCGGACAUCGGUGUCAGAGUGUUCUAGUCAUUGCGGCUCAGGCAUACGGACAGUAACGUCAAGGUGUAUUCAGAGUUUCCGGAACUCGGAGUAUCCUCCUCGCUCUGUUCCCAUGCAAGCUUGUGCCCAUCUACCACGACCCGACGAAGACAAAAAUUGCACAGGUCCUUGCGACAACGUCGAGUGGCUUUACGGGGAAUGGAACAACUGCGAUGUCACCUGUGGAGUCGGCGUUCAGCAUAGAACAGCCACUUGCGUGGACUCCAAUGGGAGACCCGUGCCCGAAAAUAAUUGUCCCAGGCAUGAGAAACCUCUGAAGAAGACUUGCGAACUGAGCGCGUGUCCUACGUGGGAGUUCGAACAAUGGUCGCCUUGUGCAGCAAUAUGUGGCACAGGCAAACGGCAGAAACGUUAUUUGUGUCGUAUGGAUGGUCACGUUGUCUCGGACAACUUCUGUGGUGAUUCGCCUCCUAAGGUUGUGGAGAUGUGCAACACCGGGCCUUGCGAGCAAUGGCAAACCGAUAGCUGGAACUCGUGUUCGGUUACUUGUGGCAAGGGGACGAGGAGCAGAAAAGUGACCUGCAAAACUCCUAGCGGAACAAUAAGCACCAAAUGUUCUCCUUCUAAUAAACCAAAAGAGAUCGUUACUUGCGUACUCAAGCCUUGUGCGACAAUAAUGAAUCCAAUUAAGUAUUCUCCUGAUCCACCAAACGGAGAAUUUUCCCAAGAUAAUGAAGUUGGUGACAUUGUCUUCCAUUCUGGGUAUAAAUGGAAAGUUGAAUCGCCCAAGAAGUGUUCUAAGCCGUGCAACAAUGGCUAUAUGCAUAGAGAUGUGAAGUGUAUUGCCAUCGAGACAGAAAAUACUGCUCCCGAUAACUACUGUGACAAAAGUAGAAAACCGUUCAGAAGUAUCCCGUGUAAUCGUCACGAAUGUCCAAUGUGGAACACCGGCGCAUGGGGACAUUGCAAUGCAGAAUGUGGCAACGGAUUCCAAUAUCGACAAGUGAGCUGUCAGCAUCCGAAUGGUAAACCCUUACUGGAUGAAAAGUGUCAUGACAGUGAAAAACCAUUGAUAGUAAGACCGUGUAGGAAACAUCCCUGCAAGACUGAUAACAACAGAAGGCAUCGAAUGGAAAUGAACAUUUUCCGAAAAUGGAAAGUCUCUAAUUGGACUGCUUGUUCGAAAUCGUGUGGUAGCGGACUACAAAGACGAAGAGUGGAGUGCACGAUGAGGCGAGGAAAUCACGGACCAGAAGUGACCGUUAAGGAUGAACAGUGUUCGAGGCUUGGUUUGACCAAGCCAAGAUCGCAGAGACCUUGCCGGCGCACUGCGUGUGACUAUAUUUGGCAGGAAGGCACUUGGUCUGAGUGUUCAGCAGAUUGCGGUGAAGGAAUACAACAUAGGACAGUAACUUGUCAUCGUACCAAUCGUUAUGGUUUAACAGAUCCAACAUACAGCGAUAACUGCCCACCAGAUCAGAAACCACAUUCUCAGCAGGUCUGCAAAUUGCGAGAAUGUAGUGACAAGUAUUAUUGGUUUGCUGGACCAUGGAAAACUUGUAGUCAUACUUGUGGCCCAAAGGGUCGUCAGACACGAAGACUUUACUGUUUCAAUGCUAGAACUCAUAAGAGAGUAGUUCGUACGAAUUGUCCUAUCGAAUUCAAACCACCGCGGAAACAAAGGUGUAACCAAAUAAAAUGUUAUCCAAUGUCUUGCCUCGAAGCAAAAAAAUACUAUCGAAACAGUACAGAUAAUGAAUACAACUUAUUCGUGAAUGGAAGAUGGAUGAAUAUUUAUUGUCACGAUAUGACAACCAAUGAACCAAAGGAAUAUUUGACAUUGCAAGCUGGUUUUCGAGAGAACUAUGUAGAAAUAUAUCAUAAAAGAUUAAUAGAUCAUCAGUCAUGUCUGUACAAUGGAUACGGAAAUGGUAGUUGUAAUUGCGCUACUGGUCGUGAAGUCAUUUUUAGUAGAACAAUGUUUAGAAGGGUACGAAUUGAUCUUAUUAAAUUGCACAUUUUGGAGAAUGACUACACAUUCUCACGUUCAGAAGGUAAAGACCGUAUCAAGUAUGGUAUGGUUAGCGAUUGCUACAAUCGAGCAUAUUGUUUUCAAGGACGCUUUAGUAUUAAUUUAAGUGGAACCCAAUUAAAACUAUCGUCUGAUGUUACUUGGAAAAGUAGCACACCUGGAAUAUCAGUAGAAAUUAAUAAUAUUAGCAGUCAACAUAUUAAUGGAAAAUGUGAGGGUCAUUGUGGUUUUUGUAAUCCAAAGUUUGGAUUAAAGCUAGACGUUUUGCCGCCUUAGUCCGUGGUAUGAAGAGUUUAUUAAUCACUAGUUACCUGUAAAGUACAGCUUUCAGCAGGUACAAUUUCCAUUAGUAUGGAUUUGAGUGCGUUGUUAAAGACUGGUUCAACAAACACAACAUGAAAUCAACGACCUGCUGCUGAUGAGCCAAUUCCUUGACAUGAAACUUACUCUGUAUCAUUUACUUAAGUUGUCACUAGUCUAUAUGAUUUUUCGUAUAAUCGAGGGAAUGAUUCAAAGCAGAAUCAUGGACCCAGGGAUUGUGGAAAAGUACUGACAACCAUUUAUUCUCAAAUGGAGAGUAAUUAUGUUAUCGUCCAAAUUAAAAAAUCAAUACUUUAAUUUAUUGCAAAUAGGAGUGCUCGAAUGAUCUAAACUUUCACCAAUUUUACUUAUGACAUAAUUUUAAGUUUUAAAUGACCAGUUUCACAAAUCAUACACUAUUAUGCAAAAUAGCGAUCAUAGGGAUAACCAAAUAUUAGCAAAGCCUAAAAUGUCUUUGCAAAAAUUUUAAUGAAACUGGAUAAAUGUUGUUUCAAGUACUUAAGAAAAACAUAUGAAAUGAGAAAAAAUAUAGAUUUCAAAUUGGUAAGAUUAUAUCUUUAUUUUUCUAAAAUAUUUGCCAAAUUCUUUAACAUAUGUCCAGUUGAGAGUUCCAUUAGAUAUAUAAAUAAUUUAAUAUCCGGUAAGAAUUGCAGUAUUCGUUUUGUUUAUACUCAUUGAAAUAUCAUAACUGCCUGACAUUUGUUGUUUAGCCAAAAGUGUGAAGUCCAAAAUAAAAAUCAAGUGGUAAAGGUUUAUGAACAAAAUAUUUUAUGAAAUGAAGGAUCAAAAAAGUUUCACAAAAUUAUGUAGAUUUUAUCUUGAAUUCUGUGCUUUAUGUUUACAUAUUGAGAAAUAUAAUAUAAAUAAAAUAAAUUUGAAAUAAUUACAGUUAUGUAUACGUAUACAAAUAGUUUGGACAUAUUCUCCAUAUAUAUUUAGUAUUGUCUACUCAUUCAUAAAUUAAAUACUAAAAUAAAUUUAUUAAAGUAUUUUGACAAGUACUUUAUCAUGUCCUUGUAAAAGAAUGUAACAGUGCAUAUAUAAUGAUAGAAUUAUUCAAUUUAACAUUGUUCAUAGGAGAAAAUGUAUUGAUAUUUUUAAGAUCACUGAACUUUCCUUCCCUUUGUUAUCAUUUAUUAAGAUUAUUGAAUCUUGAUGAUAUCAAUAUGUCUGCUCCCUAAUAUAGCAAACACUAUGAAGUGUUGAAUACUGUGACGUUAGUAUUUCCGUGACAUGUAGUAAUAAUUUUGGUGACUUAUAAUAAUGUAGUGUGGUAGAUUUGUAGGUACGUAUUUGGAGCUGGCAAAUUUGUAUUGUGUUCUUAAGAAAUCCUGAUAUAGCGAAUGAUUUAACUUAUUGACAUGAGUCCAUGGUAACUCAAUUGUAGCAAACAACUAUUUUAUAUAUCAAUAUGUUCUAGGAAAUUUAUUUUCCUUAAUACAACAUCUUAAAAUUGUAAAACUUGGCAACAAAAACAAUGUAAAAUAGCCUCGUACCUACACCAAAAUACCAAAACACUUCUUGAGUACAAAUCUUUUUUGGCAGAGGGUACGAUGGAUUUGUUCUCACAGAUUGUUCUAUGAGAAUCAAUAAAAAUUUUGCUAAGUAUAGAACAUUU